UGAGAGGGAAACAAAAUGCCGGAAGAAGAGUUUUAGGAUAGAGAGUUUGAGGAGUUUUAAAGGUUAGCGUGAAUAAAACGCACGGAUUUAAUAAAUCAGCAGCGAAGAAGAGAAAACUGUGGCUUUAUUCCCCCGCUUUAGAGUCUGUUUAGUGUUUUAUUUAGUUAGUAAUUGUCGCUGAUUUAACUACAAUGGGACUUCCAGCUCUGGAAUUCAGCGACUCUGUUCUGGACAGCCCGGAUUUCAGAGACCGACUGAAAUGUCACGAAAUCGAGCUGGAUAGAACCAACAGCUUCAUAAAGGAGCUGAUUAAAGACGGGAACAUGCUCAUCAGCGCCUUAAAGAAUCUCUCUGCAGCUGUACAAAAGUUUUCACAAUCCCUUCAGGAUUUCCAGUUUGAAUGUAUCGGUGAUGCAGAAACCGAUGAUGAGAUUAACAUUGCUCAGUCGUUAAAGGAAUUCUCCCAGCUAUUAAACACAGUGGAAGAAGAGAGACGACGACUUAUACAGAACGCAGAUGAUGUCUUGAUCACGCCGCUGGAGAAGUUUCGCAAGGAGCAAAUCGGAGCUGCCAAAGAAGGAAAGAAGAAAUUUGACAAAGAAACAGAGAAAUAUUAUACUGUUCUGGAAAAACACCUGAAUUUGUCCUCUAAGAAGAAAGAGUCGUCUUUACAAGAGGCAGACACUCAGAUCAACAAGGAGAGGCAGGUUUUUUGUGACGCCUCUCUGGAAUAUGUCUUCAAAAUCCAAGAAGUGCAGGAGAGAAAGAAAUUUGAGUUUGUUGAACCGCUUCUAGCCUUUCUUCAGGGACUCUUCACCUUCUACCAUGAGGGUUACGAGCUGGCACACGAGUUCGAGCCCUACAAGCAGCAGCUGCAGUUCAACCUUCAAAAUACGAGGAAUAACUUUGAGAGCACCAGACAGGAAGUGGAGAAUCUGAUGAAGAGGAUAAAAUCUGCGGAGCAGGACUUCAAAGCUCCUGGACAGUGGACCAUGGAGGGCUUUCUUUAUGUGCAGGAGAAGCGGCCCCUUGGAUUCACCUGGAGUCGACACUACUGUACAUACGAGAAAGAGACCAAGAUGUUCACCAUGAGCAACUCGGAGAUCAAAUCAGGAAGCAAACAGAACGGACUAGUGAUGAGUCCACCUGAGAUGUUCAAGCUGAAGUCCUGCAUCAGGAGGAGGACAGACUCCAUCGACAAGCGCUUCUGCUUUGAUAUAGAAGUGGUGGAAAGAAAUAACACUUGUCAAGGGAUUCUAUUCAGUUCUCUUCAGUGUUUCUAUAAAGUGCGCCGGCAUGGCAUCAUCACCCUGCAGGCUUUGUCUGAAUCCAAUAGGCGCCUGUGGAUGGAGGCCAUGGACGGAAAAGAGCCGAUUUACACCCUUCCUGCACUUCUGAGCAAGAAAGAAGAAACGUUCCUGAAUGAGGCGGGAUUUAAUUUUGUGAGGAAGUGUAUUCACCUCGUGGAGACAAGAGGUAUUCAGACUAUGGGCCUGUACAGAAUUGGAGGAGUUAAUUCUAAAGUACAGAGACUUAUGACUUCAGUGUUUGCUGCCAAAGCUCCUGCAGAUAUGGACCUGGACCCAGACACCUGGGAUAAUAAGACUAUCACUAGUGGACUAAAGAAUUAUCUCAGGUGUCUGGCUGAACCUCUUCUAACCUACAGACUUCACAAAGACUUCAUCAUGGCAGUCAAGUCAGAUGACCAGAACUACAGGGUGCGUGCUGUCCACGCUCUCGUACACAAGCUUCCUGAGAAGAAUAAAGAGAUGCUGGACAUCCUGAUCAAACACUUAUUUGUUGUUUCUACACACAGCCAGAAGAACCUGAUGACUGUAUCCAAUCUUGGUGUGAUCUUUGGCCCGACACUGAUGCGCUCGCAGGAAGAGACAGUGGCUGCCAUGAUGAACAUCAAGUUUCAGAACAUUGUGAUGGAGAUCCUCAUAGAGAAUUAUGAGAAGAUUUUUCAUCAGCCUCCAGACCCCAAUGUGCCUCUUCCUCAGUCUCAGACUCAGUCUCAGUCUCGCUCCAGCUCGCGGCGCAGCAACGCCAUCUGCCUAUCAUCAGGACCACGGAAGUCCAGAGGCCUGUACCCACCCACUCUGUGUCUGGCUGAUGCUGACAGUGACACGUUCAGCAGCAGCCCCAGCAGCACCCCCAUGGGCAGCAUGGAGUCUCUGUCCUCUCACUCUUCAGAACGGAACGGCUGCUCGAAGGCCAGCUCUCCAUCUCGCUCCAAACACAAAGCCUCAGGCAGCCUGUGCUGGACCACCCCGUCCCCCUCCUCCAACGGCCCCAAGAGCCCACCCGGGACCACCAGUCCCGACUCCAGCUCUAAAGAGGACGCCGCCAAGACCGACGGCGAGUGGGAGGAGGCUCUGAGCAGCCUCCCGACCGGCCGAGCUUCUCCAGCUCUAGAGCUGCCGGACAGAGCGGAGCAGCAGAGCCCAGAGGAGCGCGGAGCGACACGCCUCAGUAUGUCCACCUGCUCCUCCCUCACCUCCCUCCACAUCUCUGAAGGUUUCAGGAGCUGUCAUGGUUCAGUCCAGAGUUUGGUUUCUCGCAGUAACCGGGACAGUCUGAGGUCUCUGCCUUUACCAGAUCUUCCCCCUAAAGACACAGUCAGAUGCAGACUGGACUCAUCAGCCAGCAACGGAUACCAGAGACCCGGAUCUGUGGUGGCCUCCCGAGCAGCUCUCUUUGAAAGCCCUGUGGUCUCCCAGCCGGGCUCUGCUGGAAGAGAAGCCAAGGCCAUGUAUUCCUGCCAAGCAGAGCACAGCCAUGAGCUCAGCUUUCCUAAAGGGGCGCUCUUCUACAACGUUCACCCCUCUGUGGAACCUGGGUGGCUGCAAGCAAGUUAUAACGGCAAAACUGGACUCGUCCCAGAGAAUUAUGUGCUGUUCCUCUAGUAAAGCCUGAAACCCUGAUGAAACCAGACAGAGCAAGUCCAUGGUAUCCAUGGUUUUCAUUUCUCCAGAAGAGACAGUGUUUCCUUUUUUUUGUACAUUCAUGAUAUGCAGUUAAAAACGAUGUGAAUAGUUUAAAUAUACAGUUCAAAUAUGGUUAAAACCUCACUAUCAGCAGUAGAGUAUAUGGUAUAUGGUCCAUAACGACUCAAGAUGUAGAUAUUAGAAGUUUUCUAAACAAAAUAAUAUUUUUUUUAUGUUUUUUUUUUUAUUCUAUGACUUGUGGUUGACUAUAUAAACCCUAAAGUAUUUUAUUUAUAGCUAGCUAAUAAUGCAGACUGGCUCUGACAUGGUGAGCCAAUAAUGCGACAAGCGUAGAUAUAUGAGGGUUUAAGCUCUAUGCUUCUUGUGUUAUUGUUCUGUCUCUGUGAUGAAGAGAAGCGUCGAGUUAACACACUGUUUAAUGUUGUUGGUACUGUUGUCAAGGACAAUAUUCUAAACUCUGUAUAUAGCGAGAAGAACUGACUGAAGAAUACGCGCUGAUAGUUUUAUUGAGUUCUUAUAUAACCCCUUUUCCUAUUGUUUUGUCAGCCCUUUUUACUGUACAUGAGACCUUUAGCAUUAGAUAUAAUCAGCCAGAGAUGAUUAGGAAAGUGUUUUACUAAAACAGUAUUAUUGCUGGUAAAUUGAUUUUUAUUAGAGGAGUAUGUGUCCACUCUUCUUCUUUUCUCAAUGUUUCCUUUAGUUGCUCUUAAAAAAGCUUUUUUUUCUUUUUACAGAUAAUACACCAAGCAUUCAUAGCAUUAUGAUAAUGUUUCUACACCCAUUAUCCAUUUAUUUUUAGCUCCACACUGAAUAAAGUGAUGAGUAAAAUUUACUUUUAAAAAGUUUUGCAACUUUCUGCAUUUGCUUUUUUGAAGUAAAUCUAAUUUCAGAUAAAUUUAAGUAACUUCAACUGAGUUUAAAGACUUAAAUGUUACAUAGAGUAAAUAAGUAAACUGAACUUCAAUCAAUCCUUUCUUAUAGUAAGCUUUACUUCAUUUAUUUUUGCUGAAUUAAUCCUUUUUUUAGUAACCUUUACUUAAUUUCUGCAUACAAUAUUACCUAAUUACAAUUACUUUAUUAAUACAAUAUUACUCAAAUAAUGUAUGAUACAUAAUAUAUUAUAAUUCCUGAAAUCUUAUUAUUUUUAGUUAAAACACAAACCUCAAAGAUUUAUUUUGUAAACAGGAUGGCAUGUUAUACAUUAUUUUUUGUAUAUUUAAAAUAAUGUAUUACAUGCCAUUAAUGUGUUAAUAUGAGUGUAAUGUAUGUAUGUUUAAAUUUCAGGAAUUAUAAUAUAUUAUGUAUUAUAAAUAAUUUCAGUAAUAUUGUAUUAAUUAAGUAAUUGUAAUUAGGGAAUAUAGUAUAAAAAAAAUAAGUUAAGGUUACUAAAAGGAUUUUUUAAAGUAAAUUUUACUUAUCAUUUUUUUCAGUGCACUAAUCAUUCACUGAUCACUUUCCUGUACCCUGUUUUUCAAUGCUCAGCAGUAAGCCUUAAGGUGUUUAAAAACUCCAGCAGCACUGCUGUAACUGAUCCACUCAUACCAGCACAACCCACACACAACAAAUGCUGAAAAUGAUCCACUACCCAAAUAAUAAUAAAAGCUGCACUGUGGGGUUCUAAGAAUUAAAGAACAGGGUGAAAGGAGGAUAAUAAUACAAUAUGCAGAGAAACAGAUACAUAAAUACAGUCCGUAAUUACAGAACUACAGUGUGCAGCUGAAAAAAGAAUGGGUAAUGAAUGUAGAAACAAGGAGGUGAUUACAAUGUUAGGCUUAAUUGGUGUUUAUAACAUGUACAACAGAUGCUGGUCAUCAUCAGUUGGGUCAUUUGUGUUGCAGACAGUUUUCUCUCUUUGUAAUAGACAAAUUACAACAUAUUAUCAGCAUUAUUGAUUGGAAUGAUAAUACAGUGCUGAACUUAUUGGCUGAAACUCUGUUUAUAACCAGAAUAUCACAGUUCUGAUGUCCUGAUUGUUAAAUAAUAAUAUUCAGUGCAUAUACAGUACCAGUCAAAAGUUUGGACACAUCUUAAAUUCAGAUUCAAUUUUCACUGAACUUUGCUGCUGAUUUAAUCAGAACUAAAGAGAACAAAAUAGGGAAUUAUUUAUUAAACCAAAAAGUGUCAAACCAGAAUAUGUUUUAGAUUUUAAAUUCUUUAAAGUAGCAACUUUUGCAUAGAUGACACUUUUACAAAUCAGAUGACUUCAGUAUUCAUUUACAAUGUAGGAAAAUAAAUAUAAAAAAAAUCUUUGAAUAAGAAGACGUGUUCAAACUUUUGGUACUGUAUAUUCUUAACCAGUGUUCUGAGUACUGGUACUGGUACUGGUGUUCUGUUGAGGUAAGCUACCCAUCAAAAUGUGCAUUAAACAACCUGAGCUGACUCAUUAUUUAAUUGAAUGGUUCAGAAGUUUAAAUGGCAAUUAAUAAUGAAAAUAAUAAUAACAUACAAUUGAACAAAAUCACCUUUGUUACUUUAACUUUACUCUGAUACAGUGAUUGACGGUCUAAAUAUCCUCCCUACACUAUUUGUUUGCAUUUUAACCUAGACAUAUACAUUAGGGUAGCACAGAUUGACAAGGUAGUACACCGGAAACAAGCGAUGAGAAUUUAAACUUAAAGGAGAAAUCUGAGGUAAAAUUGACUUUUGUUGUAGUAAAACAGGAUAAAGAGUACUAACCUUUGUUGACUCGCUCACCUCCGUUCUCCCUCAGCUUUCCGAUAUACUGUAAAUUUGUGCAUUUUGCCCAGUACUCUUUACAACGUCUGCUUCGGGGCAUCCGCUUGCCCCUGCAGAUAAAUCGCUUUUGCCAUCGUUAUCCAGGCUCAAAAUAGCUACACACCGCAUUGGUAGAAUCCAGAGAGCUCUAACAUUUAAACCAAGGCUUUCAUGAUUUUAAAAGUGCACAAGAAAGAAACCACUGGUAAAACAAAGGUUAUGAAUAUAUUAAUUCAAAUCUCAGAAGUGAACACAUGUAGAAAUGAGAAUUCAUAUGUGUGAUAUUUGUGUGCAGCAUUGUUAUUGUAAACUCCCCUACAUGUCCAGAUCUGUGUAUAAUUGGUUUAACAGACAUGAUGGAACACCAGUACGCCAAUAUGCAGUGGAGUGAAAAAGUGUUUGAAUCCUACAGAUUUCUUUAGUUUUUGGUUUUUUUAUCAUACUUACAUUUUUCAGAUUAAAAAACACAUUUUAGUUUCAGAAAAAGAUAACCUGAGUAAAUAUAAAAUAAUUUUUUUAAAUGAUGAUGUCAUUUAAUAAUAAAAAAAUCUAUUCAUAUUCACACCAAUGUAGGCACAUGCAAACUCAAAAAGUGUUAAAAUGUGUGGAUUAGGGCAGGAUUAUCAUCACACGACAGUAUUGGAUUUUUCCAGAAUUGCAUAUUCAUUAUCAAAAAAGAAAUAAUGAUGUGAUUAAUUUUAAUGUUAUUUGUCCAGUCAGCUUAAACCAGCAGAUUUUCCCAUUUACGGUAAGGUACAACAGAAUAAACAGUCAGGUAAAGUGUGUGUGGUCUGUAUGUGUCCUGAAAUGUGUAUCUUGUGCUCACUGAAAUGGCACUUACUCCAGUAAUGGUUCUACUGUAUUUCAUUUCACACUGGUUUACCAUUUCCUUGUGUUUUUUUAUUGGGCAAGUAUGAUGUAGGGUACAAUGUGGGAAACGCCCCCCCUUUAGAAAAAAUUCAACCUGCGAAAAAUGUAAUGUUCACUGUCUUUGUUUGUGGGCCAGCAAAUUGUAAAGGGAACUGUAUCAUCAUAUAUCAUAUACAGUUUUGUUUUUCUUAUUUGAAAAAAUUAGAAGGAAAACAAAUAUAUAUGGACAUUUAUUUUGCCUCUCCCAGAAACAUAUUGCUAAAUGAACAGUCAAGUGUAGCAUAAUUUCAAGAAAGUUACAUUUUCAAGAUAUUUUUGAAAAAUUCCAGUCUUAUUAUCUGCAAUUUAGCAGAUUUAUUACAGUAAGUAAGUAAAGUAUGUAUGCAGUAUGAAUUAUUGUUAAUAAUAGCAGGUACAUUAGGUAUAUUAGGUAUACAAAGUAGCUAGCUAGAUUGCAAGCUCUUUAGUGUUGCUCAUUAGCAUCAGAACUUUAAUUGCAAUUUUUUGUGGCCAUAUUAUAAUUACUUACAAUCCACAAAUCUAUACUAAUUUAUUAUUUAUUUAACAUGUUUAAUAUUACAUAAAACACUACAGCUAAAACAUUGCAUUGUCUCAAAUACCAAUUAGUAGGAUUCUGCAGAAUUAGAAUAGAAAUGAUUGCUCCUGAGAGCUUUCUAAUGACAGUUCUAACCUAAUUACGGUAUGUGAUUAAAUACGAAAUAUAUUUACUAUGAUAAAAAUGUACAGGAGGCCAGUUAAUCUCAGAAUAGGUCUGAGGUUUGAAUUGUAAAAGAUUUUGUUGUUUAGUGGUUUAAUAGAUAAAUACGUAACUCUUGCAGACGCUUUACUCCAGGGGGCGUUUAAACCCACGAUACCCUGUGUAAUGUAAUUAAUGUUUAUUAUCUGCAUAAACUUGAUCUUAAAUAGUCCUAUUCGUUGUGUAUGUAGUGUAUUAUUAAGUCUUUAAGGAACAGCUGCAGCUUUAAUAAGUUGUGUUUCUGAUUCUGUGUGAUAUUUUUGUUUUAUUUAAAGUUGUACUUCUUAUUAUUUUUGUAACAUUGUGCUGCACUCCAGUACAACAAAGGAUAAAGAAAAAAAUCUUC